AUGGGUCUCUUGGAAGAAGAAGAAGAAGAAGAAGAAGAAGAAGAAGAAGAAGAAGAAGCUUUACCGCAGUGGGAAGGAGGCUGUCGGAAAAUUCGUUUUAUUUACUUAGUGAAUCCAACAUCGUUCAGAUUGAGCAGCUGUCUGCAGGAUUCAGUAAUUCCACUGUAUUUAGGAGCUGAUCUCCUGUCCAAUACUGACAUCCGGGUGGAAAACCAUCCCAGGUACCAUGCCAAAUUUGCCAAGAAAGGACUUGCCACUAAAGUGCACUUUUCCUCAGCUUUCAGAUUCCAGGGAUUGAGGGUUCCUGCUGCAAAUAACAGCUUGUGGUUUUACAGCAUUCAAGGACUUUUCCGCUUAGCCUUUGAAAUAUACAAUAAGCAAGAGCAGCUUGCAGUGUUGGAGAAUUUCCAGGAUGUCUGGAAAUCACAGAUAAACAAAAGCCCACUGGAAAUGAAUUACAGCCUCAAUCUGCAGCUUGACAAUCCAGCGUCUCCAAGCGUGGCUGACAGAGAUUUGGAAAUACCUGGACAUGAUUUUAGCCAUAUUAACGGGAACGUCAUGCAUGCAUCUGCUGAAGACACAGCUGAUACAGCAGCAGAUCAUGAUUAUUGUACUUUCACCAAACAAAGCUGCCAAACUGAGCAGAUCCAUCCCGCUGUAGCUGCUCUCAGAGAAAAACUGCACCACUUGGAUGACCAACUCCGCUCUCCCCCUCAAGGCCGCACAGAUCGCCUGGAAACUAUGUUGCUGCUCUUAGAGAAGAUUGAUCGAUACAUGACUGGUAGCCUAGAUGAAAAGGAUGCGACUGAAGCUGUGUUAGCACUACUGAACGCUGAAGACUGGACUAAAGACUCUGUGUAUUCGAGUUACAUGCUUACUUGUAUAGGACGGUGGCUUGGACAGCAGUUUCAUGCAGCCAACAGCAGCAUCAGCCAGAAAGUAGAGAGUUUUAAAGUUCAGCACAUCGAACAGAUCAGUGAUUUACCACCUGCAGAGGAGCUGGCUGCAGAACUGUUUCCAGAGGCUAUGCAGACACUGCUGCUGCACUGGAUGGGCUUGUGUGAUGAGUCGACUGAAGGAAAGAGACGCAGCGAAUAUCCAAUCCUGCUUCUUAUUCUGGAGUUCGCGAACCAUAACCUCAUUACCGGUGUCGCUCACGUGCUCUACUCAACUCUUAUAUGUAAAUGAGAGAGGAUUUCCAUAGAGCUACCAACAUAAUACCUGCACAACUCUUAUAGAUGGCAUUUUUGUGUAAAUCACUUCUGUCCAAAGGAUAAAUCAUUUCCAGUCCUAAAUUUGCAGGAUCAUUGUAGGUUAUAGUUUGGUUUAUCAACUGUCUAUGAAAACAUUUCAUUCAUAGAAAUACUUUACUAUUGUUUAGAACAUAACUUGAUUUUGGCAAAACAUAAGUUGCACCUAUAUGGUCUUUUUUUUUUGUUAUUUUGCAUCAAAGAAUAGGAAGUAAUUUUUCCAAGUCCCAGAGUUUUGCAUUAGCCCACAAUAAUUGUCCUCAAACUCUGCUUUAUUUGAAUACUUAUCCUAAUAUUGCGCACAAUAUUAGGAGAAAGUGGGAUAUCUUGUUGCACUGACUUAAAUAAACAAAUACUCAACUAAACCAUA